AUUUAUUGUUCAAUUUAUUGUUGAUGUAAAGUGCACAUUAAGUCUUUCGUGUCGAUAUUCCCCUUCGUUUAGAAAGAGACUACCGACCUCAUUUAUCUCUGUCGCGGGCAAUCGUCACUCGUCACCCAUUUUAAGUUGGCAGGGCGCAAUCUAGCGUAUUAUAUAUCUAUGAUAUGCCCUUACCUAACCUAACCACACAUUAUUAACCAAAAAUUUUGGUCACAAAAGUUGAAAACACAGUAUGUAGUUCUGUAUAUUGUGAUUAUAAAUUUACAUAUAAGAAUUGAUUUACAAAUAUACCUCUAAUAAUAUUGUGUCCAGUAUCUUUUAUCAUAUUAAAUACCUGCGUAUUUACAAAGCUACUAAGUACUCCUGUAUACUUUGUAUGAAUGUUAGAAAUUGUAAAUCAGGAUGAAGGUAUUUGAAAGUGCAAAAUGGGACCCGGACGCAGAAAACAAUAUCUCUCAAGAACUAUUUAAAACCAAAAAUAAAACUAAACUUAAAGCUGUUAAUAAUAUGAAAUCUUUAAAGAAAAAAAUUCAGUCUAAAAUCAAAAACAAAGUUUUAAAAAAUGUGGGUAAACAUAAAGUUAUGAACUUUGAUCAUGUAAGUUUAGUUAAUGCUUCUUUACCUAGGAAAGUCUCUGCUAAAAGCAAAAAGAAAAAACAUGAAAAAAGUAAAGAUCUUACAGAUACUAUGAAACAAGAGAAAAAGAGCAAGACAAUCUUAGGUAAUAAUCUACAGAAGAAAGUAACUGAAGAUAUAACUAGGAAUAAAGCAGGCAAAAUUACAAACACUAUUAAAAACAAUAAACAAAAAUUGAAAAAGCUUCAAAAAAAUGUGAAAACCUUAAACAAAAUUAAUUUGAAAUCAGAUGAUUUAGUUAAUUUAGUGGACACACCAACCAAAAAGAAAAAACUUAAGACAUUACAGGAAUCAAAUAGUAGUCUUGACAUAUCAAAUAAUACACAAAGUAAUACAAUUAAACAGAGGCCUAAGAAGAAUAAAAAAAAUCAGAAAGAGAAAAUGUUACAUGUAAAUAACAGCAUGCGUAAUAACACUAAAACAAAAAAUUUACAAAAUAAAUCAAAAACCACUAACAAGAGUAAUAAUCAUCAAGACAAUUCUGCCGAAGUGCAAGAAAAAUUUGGAAUUACAAAUCCUAAGGUCUUACAAAAAGACCAGCUAAAAAAGAAAAUGAAAUAUAAGCAGUCAACCACAUUUGAAAAUAGUGUAUCAAAAACACAUGGAUCUAUAGAAAACAAAAACAUACAAAAACUUGCAAAAUUGAAGGAGGCUGUUUUAGCAUCAGACAACAAAAAGUUAAAAAGACCAGUACCUACUCUCAGACAAAAAAUGAUGGAGAGAUUGAAAGCAGCUAGAUUUCGAUUUAUAAAUGAACAGAUAUAUACAGCAGACAGUAAAGAAGCCCAGGAAUUAUUUCAAAAUGAUCCUCAAGCAUUUAAUGCAUACCAUGACGGAUACAGAAAACAAGUUAAGAGAUGGCCUCUAAAUCCCUUAGACACUAUUAUUAACACAAUAAAGAAAUUGCCAAGAACACAUGUUGUAGCAGAUUUUGGCUGUGGAGAUGCACGACUGUCCAAGUCAAUAAAUCAAAAAGUUCACUCUUUUGACCUUGUGGCUGUAGAUGAGGCAGUAGUAGCCUGUGAUAUGGCAAAUGUACCACUUGAAAAUAAUUCAGUAGAUGUUGCUGUCUACUGUCUCUCGCUUAUGGGUACAAAUUUACGUGAUUACUUGGCAGAAGCAAAUAGGGUUUUGAAAGUAGGGGGCGUGUUAAAGAUAGCCGAAGUUGAAAGCAGAUUUGAAAAUAUCGAAGAUUUCAUUAAAGGUGUUAGCUAUUUCGGAUUCAAGAACACUUGGAAAGACCAAUCGCACAAUCUAUUUUACUUUUUAGAUUUUAAAAAGGAAAGAGAUGUUAAACACAAAAAUAAAUUGCCUACUUUAAGUUUACUUCCAUGUUUAUAUAAGAAAAGAUAAAUGUUUUUAUUUUAUAA